UACGGUAAAGUACACGUCCGAUUAUAUUAUCACAGUAUGUUCUUUCAUGUCACUUCAGCUUGGAUUUAUAAUUCAAUAUAAUUCAUUUUGGGUUAACGGUCAAACCAUGAAAAAUUUAUUUGAGGAACUUAAGUAUAUUUGUAACGAGUUAAAAAACGAAAAUGAGAUCAUACUUAUGAAAAGAUAUGGGAGCAACGCAAAACGUUAUACAGCUAUAAUUAUAUUAAUCGCAAUCGUUGCUAUACCCAUUGUUAUUGUUUCAUCAAUAUGGCCACGCAUUCUCGACAUUAUUAAACCUAAAAACGAGUCUCGAUCAAGUAUAUGGAUGCAAGUCAUGACUCAACAGUUUAUUGAUCAAGAAAAAUACUGUUAUUUAUAUUUAUUCCACAUGAAUACAGCUUUUUUCAUAGGGUCAAUUGCAACGAUAGCGACAGGAACGAUGCUUAUAGCAUGUUUUACAUACGCAUGUGCAAUGUUUAAAAUCGCCAGUCUUCGGAUUGAACAAGCAAUGAUGGCUAAUAAUUUACAAAAUAAAUUCGAGAACGUGAUUAUAAUUUAUAAAGGAAUAAUUUAUGCUGUGGAUGUACAUCGCAAAGCUAUGGAGUUUUGCAAGUAUUUAAUAUCUAAUUUUGAGGGAUCGUUCUUCUUUUUAAUAGCGAUUGGUGUGCUCAAUUUAAGCCUUAACCUUUGUCGAAUAGUUUUUCAUAUAAACAUAUCUAUGAGAGAUCAGUUCUUUAAUAUAAUACUAACAAGUAACACUACCCAAGUGUUACCCGCCGAUCUUUUUAUAGUUUUAUCUGAACUGUUGGUUACCAUGUCAGGUGCGUCCUAAUUUGGGUUUUCUCCUAGAAAGGGUUUUUACAGUCAUUGAAGCAACAGUCAGUGUAAAAAUUAAGAAUUUUCCGAUUAAUUUAUUACCGAUCUUUUGGAAAAGUUAUUAAAUAUUCUUCAAAAUAAUUAGAUACUUAUCGAAUUUUGUCUUAUUCACACGCAUUCGAUUAAAUAAUGAGUGUUACAAUAUUUUAUAACAUUUCUAAUGUGUACAAUUAUUAUUACAUAAUUUAUAGGGAAUACAUAAUAUUAAUAACAAAAUAUAAUUGUUCAGUAUCAACACGAACAGUAUUCGUGUUCGCGCUGUCCUUUCGCGUAAUAAACAGGUUGUGUUCGUAAUGUUCGUGAAUAGAUUUAUUUAUUGUUCAAUCUCGAAAUACGCCACAAAAUCAUAAAGUCUCGCACUCGCGAUAGAGAUGCCCGCGACGACGC